AUGUUCUCAAGCUGUGUUGCAAGAUUCCAAUACUACUACCACCACGAGCACGCCCCAGCCAAUCAGCUCCUCUCGUUCCAAACCCGCCUCGCGUGCCUAUCAGCGAACGCCACGUGGCAGCUGGACCCUACUCCUCGUACCCUCCCCUGGUCCCACGCGGUCAGUGCAGGUUGGGAGUGUGACGAUAGAUGGAGGAGCGGCCCCGGGCAGAACAACUCCCGUUAUAAGAACGUUGCUUUCAAGGAGGCGGAUGACAUAGCUUUGGCAGGAGGUUCGGCAGAGGAAUGGAAGGUGAGGAAUACGGUGAAGUAUAAGUGGGUUCCUGAAGGGAGGUGUGGGGAAUGGGGAGAGGUGGACAAGGGGAAACUGGCGGAGAAAUUGGAGGGGUUGACUGUGUUUAUAGUGGGGGAUUCGAUAAACGCAAUGCUGUUCAAGUCUCUGAGGAAUCAUUUCAGGCAAGCCUCGACGCCUGGUAGUGUGCAGCAAGGGGAGCAGCAGAACAGCCGCAAAGCAGAGGGGGAAUCACUCGAACUGGUCGAAUUCACUCCUGCUUUCUGCAAGAGCCGCACUAAGAACAGGCUGCUGCAGCAACGGCCGUACCUGCUUCUGUGCACCGGGGUUACACUGGGAAAUACCAAGUUCAUAUACGUGAGAGACGAUGUAAUGAGCACCGACUUACAUCUGUAUGUGAAGUUUCCGAAACGGAUUUCCGUGCCAUGGCUUGAUGUGAUUGUAAAGGGGGAGGCGGUGAGGGAGAGGCAAAGGAAGGAUCAGGAGAAGAGGAGGGAGGAGGAGAAGAAGAGACGGCAGCAGGAGAGGCGGAUGCAGCAGCUGGAGGGGUGGCAGGAACAGAAGGAACAGCUACAGAUGAAAUGGCUGGAGCAGCAGAAGAGGCGGAAAGUGCAGGAGAGGCAUGGGAAGCAGGUGCAGGAGGAGAUGCAGGAGGAGAGGCAGGAGGAGAGGCACGAUGAGAGGCAGGGGGAGAAAGGAGAGGAAGAGGAGAAACGGAUAGGGCAGUGGAGACUGGAUCGAAUCUUUGUGUCCGAAGCAAGCGCAUGGAAAGGAGGAUUGACUUUGCCACUCCCUCAAUACGGUGGUGGCAGUGUUGGUGUUGGCUGUGGCGAUGCUGCUCCACACGCGCCUGCGGAUUUCCUCCCGCUGCUGGUGGGCGUGAGUGCAGUGGCGAGGCCAGGGCAGGUGCUGGCUGUGGCAGGCCCGAGUGGGGCGGGCAAGUCAACGCUGCUGGACUGCAUCGGAGGGCGGAUUCAAGGGGGGAGACUUCGAGGAAGCAUCCUGGUGAACGGGCAGAGGAUGAGCACAGGCGAACUCAGAAGAAUCUCAGGCUACGUGCAGCAAGACGAUGCGCUCUUCCCGCACCUCACCCCACGCGAGUCGCUGCUCUUCUCGGCUCAUCUCCGCCUGCCCUCCUCCCUGCCGCUCGCUGACAAGCUUGCUCGUGUGGACGCUCUUCUCGCCACUCUUGGUCUACAGGCUGUUGCCCACACGCGGAUCGGCAGCACAAGUGCUGGCAGCAGCAGGGGGAGGGGGCUGUCUGGCGGAGAGCGAAGGCGGGUAUCCAUAGGAAUGGAUCUGGUGCACAACCCGGCAGUGGUGCUGCUGGAUGAACCCACCAGUGGGCUGGACAGCGCUGCUGCUGCCAACGUGCUGGGCGUGCUGAGAGGCAUGGCGAAAGAAGGAGGGCGAACGGUGUUGUUGUCUAUACACCAGCCCAGCUUCCGCAUGCUCGAGCUCAUCGACUCCCUCCUGCUGCUCUCCCGGGGCUCCGUGGUUCACUGCGGCCCUCUCUCCCUGCUCGAAGCCCGCCUCGCUGCGGCUGGCUGCACCGUGCCCAUGCGAGUCAACGCCCUUGAAUACGCAAUGGAGGGCAUGGGGUCAAACGGCAGUGUCCUGUGGAAGCGCCUUCAACAACAGCAACAAAUGACAGCAGACGAGCAAAUGUAUUUCCAUGGCGAGACUGCCGGUGCCACUGCUGCUGGUCUUGUGGCCGCGUCUCACAAGGAUGGGAAUGAGGUAUUUCAUGAGCUUCCCCUCUCCUCAUUGCCGGCAACAUUCUCCUCCCCAUCCUCCUCCUCCCCAUUAUCCUCCUCCUCCCCAUCGUCCUCCCCUCCUCCACCACCAUCACCGUUCCAAGAUGUUCCGAUCUCGAUCCAAGGCACCUGCGCUGGCAGCAGCACCUGCAGCGGCAGUGGUAGUGACAGUGACAGCAACAGCAGCAGCAGCAGCAGCAGCAGCAGCAGCAGCAGCAGCAGCAGCAGCGAAGGCGAGAGCAACCACGGGGGGAGUGAAGCGUCUUCUCUCCUUCCCCAGUAUGCCACAUCUCCCCUGCACGAGAUCUGGUGGCUCAGCUGCCGCAACUUCAAGAACAUGGCCAGGACGCCAGAGCUGUGUCUAGGGAGGGCGUCUCAGGUCGCCUUCACUGCUCUCUGCCUGGGGACUCUCUUCCUUCGCCUGCCGUCCAACGCCCAGGGGAUAGAGGAGCGAAUGGGCUUCUUUGCCUUCUCCCUGGCCUUCCUGCUCACCUCAUCUGUGGAAGCCCUGCCAGUGUUUCUUGAGGAGAGGCAAAUCUUUCUCCGAGAGACUUCGAGAGGCGCUUACCGCAUCUCUUCAUAUGCCAUCGCCAGUGUGGCAGUAUUUCUGCCCUUCCUCCUGCUCCUCGCCCUCCUCUACUCCAUCCCAGCCUACCUCCUCGUCGGCCUGCACGCCUCCCUCUCCGCCUUCUUCUUCUUCCUCCUUGUCGUUUGGGCAGUUCUGAUCGUCGCCAAUGCAGUCGUUGCUUGCAUCGCGGCCAUGGCGCCUGACUUCAUCACAGCUAACUCCAUGAUUGCUGGCCUUAUGGGGGCAUUCUUCCUCUUCUCCGGCUACUUCAUUGCCAAGAAGUACAUCCCCUCAUACUGGAUCUGGAUGCACUACCUGUCAGUCUUCAAGUAUCCCUUAGACGCUCUCAUCAUCAAUGAGUACGGAAGCCAUAGCGACACCACCUUCGGGCUUGCAGGCACAGGAGCACAGGUGUCUGUGCUUGUCAGUCAGCAGAAUUCAUUGGCGCCUCUCGAGGGUGACACAGAAGGCCCGGCCAUGGUGCAUCCAUCAAAAUCAGAGGGUGCUGAAGGAGGAUUUAGCAGUCUAAAAGAACCUGGUGUGAAGCAAGCCCUUGUUGUAGGGGUUGGUCUUCAAGUGCUCCAGCAGGCGUGUGGAAUCAAUGCGGUGCUGUAUUACACCCCUACCAUUCUCAUGUCCUCUGGGGCUAGCGUCUUGGAGAAUUAUGGAUUGACAGCGGAAUCGUCAUCCAUGUUGGCAAGUGGCGUUACAGCUUUCCUUAUGCUGCCCUGCAUCUUUGCAGCUAUGUUGCUCAUGGAUUCUUUGGGUCGAAGGCACCUUCAGUCUCUUAAAAUGGCUGCUCUCGCGAAUGCCGCUGUGCUCCCGUCCACCUUCGUUGGCCAGAGCGCGGAGCUCGCCGCCAAGGUGAACAAUGUGGAGGCCCGUGUGACGAUGAGGAAGACCGCCAAGGCGUCUUCCAGCAGCGCCUUCUACGGCCCCGACCGCAACCUGUUCCUGGGCCCGUUCUCCUCCCCCCCUUCGUACCUGACCGGCGAGUACCCCGGCGACUACGGCUGGGACACCGCUGGUCUGUCCGCUGACCCCGAGACGUUCGCCAAGAAUCGCGAGCUGGAGGUGAUCCACGCUCGCUGGGCUCUGCUCGGCGCGCUCGGCUGCCUGACUCCCGAGCUCCUCGCCGGCAACGGCGUGAACUUCGGCGAGGCCGUGUGGUUCAAGGCCGGCGCGCAGAUCUUCUCCGAGGGCGGCCUUGACUACCUCGGCAACCCCAGCCUGAUCCACGCGCAGUCCAUCCUGGCCAUCUGGGCCACCCAGGUGAUUCUGAUGGGCGCCGUUGAGAGCUACCGCGUGGGUGGCCUCGAGGGCUUCCAGGAAGUGGAGGACCCCCUGUACCCCGGCGGUGCCUUCGACCCCCUGGGUCUGGCCGACGACCCCGACGCGCUCGCCGAGCUGAAGGUGAAGGAGCUGAAGAAUGGCCGCCUCGCCAUGGUGUCGAUGUUCGGGUUCUUCGUUCAGGCGAUCGUGACCGGCAAGGGCCCCCUGGAGAACCUCUCGGACCACCUGGCUGACCCCACCGUCAACAACGCCUGGGCCUACGCCACCAACUUCACCCCCGGCGCUUAG